AUGCUACGGCCCCAGACGGCACGACCAAUCGCGCGCGGGCUGUCGCAGGCCGCGUCGCAGCUCACGCGCUCCGCAACAUGCGCCGGCAGGCGGGCACUGGCGACGGCGGUCGCAGAGGAGCGCGAUCCCGCCGAGCUCGACCAGAUCACCACGCUCCCCAACGGCAUCCGCGUCGCCACCGAGGCCCUGCCAGGCCACUUCUCGGGCAUUGGCGUCUACGUCGACUCGGGAUCGCGGUACGAGAACGAUGCGCUGCGGGGAGUGAGCCACAUUGUCGACCGUCUGGCCUUCAAGUCGACGCGCAACACGACGGGCGACCAGAUGGCGGACAGGAUGGAGUCGCUGGGCGGCAACAUCCAGUGCGCCUCGUCGCGCGAGUCGCUCAUGUACCAGUCGGCCACGUUCAACUCGGCCGUCGAGAGCACAGUCGGCCUGCUCGCCGAGACAAUACGCGACCCGCUCAUCACCGAGGACGAGGUGCAGCAGCAGCUCGAGACGGCCGACUACGAGAUUGGCGAGAUCUGGAGCAAGCCCGAGCUGAUCCUGCCCGAGCUGGUGCACAUGGCCGCCUACAAGGACAACACGCUGGGCAAUCCCCUGCUCUGCCCCAAGGAGCGCCUCCCGCACAUCAACCGCGACGUCGUCGAGGCAUACCGGAAGCAGUUCUACCGCCCGGACAGGAUCGUCGUGGCCUUUGCCGGCGUGGCCCACAACGACGCCGUCAAGCUGAGCGAGCAGUACUUUGGCGACAUGGCAAGGGGCCAGGGGCCUUUGCUCGUCGCCGUCGACGAGCACGCCGCGAUACCCAGCCAGAAGCUCGGGCAGCAAGCCUUCUUUGCCGACCACCCCACGCCUACCGGCGGCUCUCCGCAGCCGUCCAAGCUGCUGUCCAGGAUCCCCUUCCUCAAGAGCCUGUCCGCCUCGGCCGCCGACUCGGGGUCCCUCCACUCGUCCUUUGACCUCGACUUCCCGCCCAUCGACACGACGACGCCCUCGCACUACACCGGCGGCUUCCUCACCCUGCCUCCCAUCCCGCCGCCGCUGAACCCCAUGCUGCGUCGCCUCUCCCACAUCCACCUCGCCUUUGAGGCCCUGCCCAUCUCCUCCCCGGACAUCUACGCCCUCGCAACCAUGCAGACCCUGCUCGGCGGCGGCGGCUCCUUCAGCGCCGGCGGGCCCGGCAAGGGCAUGUACUCGCGCCUGUACACCAACGUGCUGAACCAGCACUUUUGGGUCGAGUCCUGCGUCGCCUUCAACCACAGCUACACCGACAGCGGCCUGUUUGGCAUCUCGGCCUCGUGCGCCCCCAGCCACGUCGCCCAGAUGCUCGAGGUCAUGUGCCGCGAGCUCAAGGCCCUGGGCGACGAGACGGGCUACGCCGCCCUGAAGGAGGGCGAGGUCCAGCGCGCAAAGAACCAGCUGCGCUCGUCGCUGCUCAUGAACCUCGAGAGCAGGAUGGUCGAGCUCGAGGACCUCGGCAGGCAGGUCCAGGUCCACGGCCGCAAGGUCGGCGUGCGCGAGAUGUGCGCCAAGAUCGAGGCCGUGACCGUCGAGGACCUGCGCCGCGUCGCCCGCCACGUGUUUGGCGGCGACGUCCAGAACCGAGGCGCCGGGAGCGGCGCGCCGACCGUCGUGCUGCAGGAGGGCGAGCAAGAGGGGCUGAAGCGGAGGGACUUUGCCUGGGACGAUAUCCAGACCCGCAUCGCGCGGUGGAAGCUGGGCCGCAGGUGA